AUGGGAAUGGUGAAGCCUACAAAGUUAACAAGCUUAUUACUACUCUUGUUUUUUAUUACUGGAAGGCUCUACACUGCACUGCAACAAGGUGGAAAUGUUGCAGCCAAAGGAUGCAAUGCUAUAUCAAGAGAAGAUCAGGCACUUCUAGAUGAUGUUCUCGCCGCCACCACUGGUAGAGAAACCUGGUUGAGAGGACGAAAAAUGGCGUUGGGAGAUGUCAAGAGGCUAGACAAGGUGAAACGAAAUGGUGCAACUGGAGGUACUGCAAAAAUUUCAAGUGCAACACUUGGUGGUGGAGGGUAUUUGUCUUUGGAUGUUGAAGGUCAGCAAAGUCAUAGAAGUCUCCUUUCUAAAGAGAUGGAUGUGGCUGGUUUUGUUCCUUUCGGUACUGCUGAUUACAAUGAACCAAGAUACCACCCACCCAAAAAUAAUUGA